UACGCUGCUGCCUCUCAGCGUACAGAGCAGUUCACAGUGGACCAGCUCGUCCACAAAAAGCAUCAUAUUCUCUUCCAUACUGAAGCUGUAGAGACUGUGAGUGAGUUCUGCCACAGUACUGGAUAUAUCUGACAUCUCUAGGACCUCAUAAAGGAGACCGAGGAGCCCCGGAGGAGGAGUGAGACGCACAAACCCUGCUGCUCUGCAAACACGUCGCUGUUUCUCCAGAGAGAGGAGAGGUUUCUACCAAGGAAACAUGAGCUUUCUUUUCGGAAACCGUUCAUCCAAGACGUUCAAGCCCAAGAAGAAUAUCCCGGAGGGUUCUCACCAGUACGAGCUGUUGAAACAUGCAGAGGCUACACUGGGAAGUGGAAACCUGCGCAUGGCAGUCAUGUUGCCCGAGGGUGAAGACUUAAAUGAGUGGGUCGCAGUCAACACUGUGGAUUUCUUCAACCAGAUCAACAUGCUGUAUGGCACCAUCACAGAUUUUUGCACAGAGGAAAGCUGCCCGGUCAUGUCUGCUGGGCCUAAGUACGAGUACCAUUGGGCCGAUGGAACCAACAUCAAGAAGCCCAUCAAAUGCUCCGCCCCCAAGUACAUUGAUUACCUCAUGACCUGGGUGCAGGACCAGCUCGAUGAUGAGACACUUUUCCCCUCAAAGAUCGGUGUCCCCUUUAAGCGAAACUUUAUGUCCGUGGCGAAGACCAUUCUGAAGCGCCUGUUCAGGGUCUACGCUCAUAUCUACCACCAGCACUUUGACUCUGUGAUGCAGCUGCAAGAGGAGGCCCACCUCAACACGUCGUUCAAACACUUCAUCUUUUUUGUUCAGGAGUUCAACCUCAUCGACAGGAAAGAGCUGGUCCCACUUCAGGAGCUGAUUGAAAAACUGACAACCAAGGAUAGAUAAACAGCGGUGUAAUCCUUAUUUUAUUGGUCUUCUAGUUUUUGCACAGAUACCCACCCCGCCCUGGCUGUACGUAUGCAGUAUAUACUAUAUUUCCAUUUGGGGAAAUGUUUUUAAUGAGGCCAGGAAUAAGGAAGGGCCAGGAAUAAGGAAUGGCACCAGGACUAAUGCUAUCAGGGAUUAAACACUCAAUUGAACGAACCAUAGAUUAACAUAUUGAAGAAAAUGGUUUUAGCUGUACGGAAAGAUCCCCAGUAUUCAGUCAUGGCUUACUUUAAGGAUAAUAUAGACAAAUGUUAAUUAGUUUUCUAUUGUACUGCACAGAUUCUUUUUUUUUUUUUCCACUUGAAUUUAUGACAACACAAGGCAUUUUCACGCUCUUAGAUUCCCAUUUUCUAACUCACCUGCCGGGAAGAAGAGUGUGUAAGCAGAGCUGCUGGAUCAUAUUAUUAGAGCUUUGGUGGUGUUAUGGCAUAACAUUGAAGCCAGCCUUUUAAGCCAAUUUCACCACACUAGCUAGUUGUUUUAUUCAUUAGUCUACAGAGAAGGAUCUGGGUUGCCGUCUGUUACUUUUCACAUCUGUAAGAGCCCACAUCUGUCAAUACAAAAUAAUCCUAAGUGCCUAGCAUGGCUCAUAAUUGCCCUAUAUCAACAGUGAGAGCUGUAAGAAGAUAAAGGCCAUAUAUACCACUGACUUGAUUGACACAACAUCAAAUUUUCCACCACUCCCUUUCAUUUUCAGUUAUUUUAAUUCCCCUUAUUCGCCCGUUUUCUAUCUGUACUGUAAUUUGGUUUAAAUCAUUUGCCUGUUUUUAAAACCAUACUCCUCUCUUCGCCAACCUUGUCCUUAUUUAGAUAGAAAGUCUCUUUACCAAGAGUUCUGUGCAGGUUAUGAUAAAUGAAUGUGUUGAAGGACAUAGAAGUGAGGCUAGAAUAUCGUCGUGUUGUAGCAGGGAUUCAAAAUCAAUUCAACUUUUAGCGUUUUUCUAGCGACAUGUUCCCCUUGUGCCGGUUGUUUCCCCUCAACAUUUGAAGUAGAAACACAUUUUAGGAAAACGUCUUCAAGGGAUCCAAAACCUUAAAUUGUAAAUAAAUGUCCUCUAAUAGAAGUAGAGACCUGUGUUUAAAGUCAAAACCUUCACAAUUAGAAAAAAAAAUAGAAGCUUUUUUUUUUAGAAUUGGAUUAUGCUGCUGCAUCCCUUCUUAUCUCACUAGCCAUAAAGCACUUUGAACAAUUUUUCCUGACCUCUUUUGCCUGAAUGUUUAUUCUGCAUAGACUGUGCUUUGUGAGACGCUGUAUCAUGUGACUGAUCCUCGUUUAUUUCCUUCCUCAUAUUUCCCCCAUAAUGAAUGUUGAAUUGCUUAACUUCUUCUGAAAAAUUGGCUCCAAGGCAUAAGUGAGAUUUCUUAUGCUUUUUUUCCUUUUUUUUUUUUCUUAUGGUCUGGAGUUGUUUGUUGCCGUGCUUCAAACAGCAGAUGCAUGUACCCUCCCUGAUCUUAAAGUGUAGUUUACUAUGCAAUAAUUGACACUAAAAGGGUUACCAGUUGGCUCAUUCAUACUUUAUCUAAGUUACUUUUUCCUUUAUAGUGCAUAAAGUUCUGGUGUAUGAUAGAAAUUGCAUUUUCUUUCAGGUUUGGUUAAAAAGAAAACGGUGAGAUGAACAUUUUAUAUAUCUUUAUAUAUAAUUUGUCAGAGGUGUAAUACUUCAAUGCACAUGUGUACAUACUGAGGGUUAGACCUGUCUUAAAGAUUUUUUUUUUUUUUUUUCAGCGAGCAUGGAGUGAUAGCUUUUGGUUUAAAGAAUGCAUCAAGUCUUUUUAGAGGUUGCUCCCCCAUUUGGAUAUUAAAAUCUUGUUUGUUUUAAUUGUGGAGUAUCUCUAUUUUCCACGUCCUUAGUUAACUAUUAUGAAUGUUACCGCUCACCAGAUAUCAGAAAAAUGUAAUAGAAAAUAUGUCAUCCUGGAAGCAUCUCAUCCUUAUGAAAUGCCAAUAACAUAGCCUAUUGCCUACAGUUUGUUCCUCCUUGACUGUAAUAAUUGAUGAAAUGUUUGUAUAUAAUGGCUUGGUAGGGGUUUUCGAUGCUACUGAAUUGAUUUAUGCUGUUUACAAGGAAAAUAAAGGUGGUCUUGAC